AUGCUCCUCAAGCAACUUGCCCUCCUCUCUGGCGGGUUGGUAGGCCUCACGUCCGCCAUCCCGCUCAUCAAUGUUCUCGUGCUCAGUACCUUCGAUGCCACAGGCGUCGAGAACCAGGUCCUUCGUAACAAUGGAUUCAACGUAACCGGAGUCAGCACUUCUCAAUUCCAAAGCAUGAGUCUCGAAGAUCUGGGUCGAUAUAACGGAAUCUUUAUCAGCGAUGCCGGUGUCUGCGACCCGAAUCAACUUAGCUUUCUCGACACUGCGACAAGCGAGAAGCUGGCCAAGGCAGUCUCUGGUCGUAUUGAGCUCAUCGGCACCAGCCUCGCGGACGAACGUGCCAGAAGGCUGGCGAUUAAUGCAUCUGCUGAUCUUACUGAUGUUGAAAACUUUGCUCUCGACGCGGCAUACAGACUGACGCAACAACCGGCCAUCGGGUUGUACCUCUCUCUGGGCUGCUACUACUCCAAUGUCUUCGGGAACCCGGCGACCGUACCAGCCCUGUCUGGCUUCGGGACGUUCGCUAUGCGCGCUCCGCAUCAGUCGCCACCAAGCGGAUGUGUAUCCAGCGACGCCACCUACCGCGGCGGCGCGCAGCCGGUCAUCUUCCCUGCCGUAACCGAGGCACAGCUCCGUGCGUGGCAAUGUGCCGUGCGUGAAGUCUUCAUCGACCGUCCUGACACCAACUCCUCCGGGUUCGACUGGAUCAUCACCUCGGCCAACGCCGAGACCCCCAACCCUGCGCCCCCUGGAGCUCCGUAUGUUCUCGGGCGAGAAAUGGUUGCCCCGGCAUGUGGCAACGGUUGGAUUGACCGUGCUUUUAAUGAGGAAUGCGACUUUGGUUUGGCUCUCAACGGUCUAUCCAACUCCAACUGCGACGCCAACUGCCAAUGCGCCGUCGGGGUCGACACGAACGGCAACUGUCUCCCGGUCCCAAAUGUCUGUGGCAACGGAGUAGUGGAUACAAAUAGCUCUAAUAUCCCCAGCAUCCCUUCCGGCGUUGAGCAAUGCGACUUAGGAAUCCAGCUUAACGGCCAGCCCGGGUCUACUUGUGACGUGAACUGCCAGUGCGUCUACGGCAGGACCGCGAAUAACAGCACUUGCGCGGCUGCUCCGGUAAGCAGCACCACCACAACGUCUGCCACUAGCACUACGACGUCCGGCUCCUCUACUUCGUCCGCUCCGACCAGCUCGGCAACAUCGCAGUCUUCGACUGUCCCGCCCACGUCUACUCAGUCCUCCAGCACAGGCUCCCCUUCGACGGUGCCUCCUACGUCUGGACAAUCCUCUAGCACAGGCGUCCCGCCCUCUAGCAGCGCCGCUCAGUCCUCUAGCACAGGCACUCAGUCCGCAUCCCCUUCAUCUUCAGUGGACCCCUUGCCUCCGCGUAUCGGCCAGUUCGCUUUCAAGGCAUGCACGGGAUCGGUGCAAAACUACCCAUCGUUCGAGCUCCAGUUCUCCAGCAACCAGAUGACUCUGGAGAUGUGCAUCGCUGGGUGUGCAGGAAGCCUCUACUCCGGUACACACGUCAACGACUGUUACUGCGCCAACGCGUACGAUGCGGUCAUCGAGGUCGCCCGCGACCGCUGCAGCAUCCCCUGCCCCGGCAAUGCCCUCGAGAACUGCGGCGGCUAUCGCGGUAACUCGACCAACCUCCUCCGACGCUACGACACCCGCCGCCAGGCCACGGGUAGCGUGCCCGCCAACGCCCUGCUCGCCAUCUACGAGUACUCGCCCCUCGCGACUUCCUCCGCCCCGGCGACCACUGCCCCCACGACCGCCGCCCAGAGCACAUCGACCGGCACCACAGUCGUCACGGCAGUGGCCACCGUCACUGCCACUCCCAACGGCGGCGGCUCGUGCGCCACGGGCUUCUGCAACGCUGCUGGCUACUUCUUCGAGCUGUGCCAGGGCGGCCCGCGACCGGGAGAGGUCGUCUUCGUCAUCGAGGCGUGCAGCUGCGCAGGCGGCUUCCGCUACGUGCCGGCGGGCUGCAGCGGCACGGGCUGUGGCUCGCUGGUCGUGUACCGCGCCGUGCCCUGGGCCGGCGGGGACAACGGCACCGUAUACCAGCCGCAGGCGUGCUCUUCUGCUUCUGGGUGCGCUGGCGGCGUGGUCUUCCAGCAGAACCCUCCUGCGCCGACGGCUAACGCCACUGGUGUCGUGGUUGUAGUUGCUGGCGCGACCAAGUUGGUUGGGUAUCUCAGCUCUGCUAUGGCUGUUGGCGGUUCUCUUCUUCUUGCUGCUCUGGUGUAA